AACUUCAGAAGUGGCAUUUCUGCGUGGCAAUAGAGCUCUUCUUGGCGCCCUGCGAAAUCUUCGAUUGCCCUGCGAAAUCGACUAUUUUUUGGAUUGGGGGGGUGUUACACCCCCCACACCCCCCCGGUAGUUUCGCCCCUGCCUAUCACUAGAUUUUUGAAAAUUUUGUCCCAGAUUUGAAAUUUUUGCAGUUAUGUUGCGUAUGGUAAAACAAGGAAGAAGUCGAUCAAAACCAUCGCUUUCCCCAGCGGAUAUUCAAUUUAAGAAUAAAAUUUUAUUAUCAAAAUUUGCUUCAAAGAAUGCAAUUUCCGGCGAAUUUGAAUCAAUAGAUUUUAAAAAAAUUUCCCCCUUCAGCGGCAACCAUGGCUUCACUCUACCCUUGUCCUAAGCUACAGAUGCCAGGAACGUUCACUGUAAGUAUGAAGAAACAGACACAAAAGACGGAAGUGCAUUUUAAAUAUCUUUCCAGCCAAGGCAAAAAGUUACGCGCCUUUCUGCCCCGACCCUUACACUUCCAUGAAAUGCUUCUAUUUGAGUAAAAUAAAUCAAAAAAGUUUUGUCGGAAAAUUUUUUUUUUGCCCCCUCUAGAAUUCAUUCGCCACGAAACCCCUGCAUUUUUGUAUUUAAAAGGAAAUUAGAAGAAUUCUUUUGACAAGAAGGUUUUUGUCUAUUCUGAAAUGUGAUCCACAGGGACGUGAAUUGAGGGAUAUUCUUGGGAUGGUGAAGGGCACGAAAUUUCCGACUGACGAUAAGCCAAUUGUUAUUUUGCACUUUAAUUGUAUUAAGCCUUCAAAAAUUACUGAAACUAAAAAACUCCUAAGGUUAUUAAAGAUUUCCAACUUAUUCAAAGAACGGUAGUUACACUACACGUUAUUUAUUUUAAAAGAAACUUGGAUCAGCACUAAGUACUUAAAGUUUCUUAGGUUGGUACCCAAAUUUUGGCGUUUUAGUAAUAAACUUGCUUUACUUAGUUGGUUUCUUAUUUCUGGACCUAAAAUUGCCUUGCCGUUUUGAAAUAGAGCAUUUUGGAAGAUUUAUAAUGCAGAUCGUCACUGAAAAAAACCCAUGCAGAUCGAGGUCGUAUCCUUGUAAAGAAAAAUCAACACAUUAAUAGAUUUUAGACUCUUAAAGCUUCUUAAUUUUUCUCGAGCCUAGUACUAAGGUUUCUUUAACUUUUGGGCAUCACAGUACUAGUUUCUUACAAAUAAAAACGUGUACUUUCCUGGUGGUCCACAUUGUGGCCCACGGUAUGUUGCUAUGUGCUAUGUGCUAUCUGCUAUGUGAUGCACUACAUUUUCUCUCGUUGUGACCCUGUGGUUUAUACGGCGGAUGUUCAAGCCUUGGAUUUUGGCGCGAAAUUUCACAAAAGUAAUGCAGGAACAAGAUGAGAGAUACAAGUCCGAAAGUUGAAGACAACCUGCAUGGCAAACUCUCAAGCAUUAAAAGAGAAUUGAAAUGUUGGGAGUCAUUAUUCUUCAGAAGCCAUGGGCAGAAAGCCAAACAAGGAAGAUAUUGAAGAGUCAGGGAAUGAAAUCAAAGGUGCCUACAAAGAAUACUAUCAUCUAAAGGAAAAGCUCAAGCAAUGCGACAACAAAGAAACGGGAACAAGUUUUGAAAAUAAGAAUUCUUGUGAAUCUGUUAAAAGAAGUACUGAUGUUGGAAUAUUUGGCAAGGAUUUAAACAAGACUGAAGAGUUAAAGAAACCUGCUAGCCAUUUGAAGUACCAUUCAGUGAGAGACAAACACCAGACUACCUUUGUGAAGAAAAGACACCUGAAGGCUCCUUCAGCAGUUUUGAAACCAAAAUCAAACACUGAAUGUGCAAAUAAUGAUGUAAAAGGAGAAAGUGAUUUCCAAGUGUCAAAAUUGGACAACAAUGAGGAGACAGAAAAAACCAAUGUGGUUCUAAUGAAAGAAGAACAGUCAACAAAUGAUGGAGACGAUGUCUUAAAAGAGAACAAAAUCACUGAAAGUAUCCAUAUAACAUCAAAGAGUUUUGUUGCAUCUAACUAUGGAAGACGAACCAGUUUUGCAUCAAAGAAGACUUCUGCUGUGCGGAGAAAUUAUCAUGUCUCUAAAGAAUGGCUUGAGAAAGUGAAGCCCAAAGAUGAGGUGGAAGAUGAGUUGCAACCAUUUGAAGAAUUUGAUCAAUGUAUGGAUACUGAAUUUGAUAAUUUUGAAGAUAGUGGUGAUUGCAUGAAUCUUCACGAAAAGGAGAGUGGCCGAUCGAGUCAUGGCUGUGAUGAAGUUGAAAUGGAGGACUCCUUGCCUGAAGUGCCGUUAAGCACAUUAGAUGAAAAAAAGGACGUAGAAACUUGGAAAAAGCAAGGAAAAUAUGAGGUGGUGGCAGAUCCUAGUAUAACAAAUUCUAGGCAACUGGGCUCUGGGAACGAAUGUAAAGCAAGUGAUUUGCCUGUAUCGGAAACUAGGACUGCUACUGGAAAGAACCUUGCUGUGAAAUUUAAAUCGGAGUCUGUACCUGUAGGGAAGGGAAAAGUCUUAGAGGAAGAAUCUUACAGUUCACCUAAAGAUAGGGAUUCAAAUAUGGGUUUAGAAAAGUUUGGCCACACGAAGAACCUAGAAAAAUCAAGUUUAACUAGAGGAGCACAACAAGAAGAGAUUUUGCAUGAUAAAAAUGUUACUAGAGCUUUGAAAGUCAUUACACGCAAGAGGAAAGCUGUAGACGAAACUGAUCUCGCGGUGGAGUCUCGCAAAGAAAUUUCUGGUUCGAAAGAGAAAAGAGUAAAAAUCGAGGCAAUAAAUGACGGAGUACCGAAAACAACACGGGGAAAACGUCUUGUCAGUGAAAACUUUGUUAAGAUUGAUAUCCAGAAGAAAAAGUUUUGUCGAGGAAAGCGGAGAAUAAAGGCAUCGACCUAUAAAAGACAGAUGUUUAAGAAAAAGACCCAAUUCAAUACAAAAAGCCCCGCAGUUUGCUUCAAAUGUCACCAGGAGGGACACUGGGCCAAAGAAUGCGGCAAAAGAUCAACCAAAGGAAACCCAUCACGAUUUUCAUCAUUUAAUGGUAAAACGAAGGAAGAUUACACUCCAGUUCAUGAAGAAGAUGAACUUGAAACACCAGCCACGUUUUCUAUCCAAGACGUUCCAGAUCUUCCGAGGUGUUGGCCAAGGGUUCCAUACCACCCACCAAGAGCUGCUCCACCUGUGCCACCAUUGUACGAGCCUGUUGAUGGGCAGCCGUCACAAGAGGCCAUUAGAGAAGUUAAUGACGCUCUCAGUGCAAUAGGAUACAGCUCGUUUAGGCCGGGACAAGAAAAUACGGUUGCAAGAAUUGUGUCAGGCCUGUCAACCUUGCUUGUUUUAUCAACUGGAUCAGGAAAAUCAUUAUGUUACCAGCUGCCGGCGUACUUGUUUUACAAGAAAUCUAAAAGCCUUACGAUUGUUAUCUCCCCACUUGUUGCUUUGAUGGAAGACCAGGUGAGCAAUCUACCAUAUGGUCUCAAAGGAGCUUGCUACCAUGCUAAUAUGUCAAAGGCUCAAAGGGAAAAAGUCUUAAAAGACAUCCAGGAAAAGAAAAUAGCAAUCCUUCUCCUUUCUCCCGAGGCACUGGUUUCGGGUAGCUCAUCAGAAGGCUACACAACGCUGUUGGGAAGUAUGCCACAAGUAGCGUUUGCUUGCAUUGAUGAAGCUCAUUGCGUCUCCGAGUGGUCGCAUAAUUUUCGGCCUAACUAUCUUAGAGUUUGCAAGGUUGUUCGUGAUUAUCUUGGUAUCAAUUGUUUUCUUGGCCUAACUGCAACUUCGACCAAAGCCACUGCAAAAUCAAUUGCAAAGCAUCUCGGGAUAGAACUAUCAGAAUUGGAUGCAGGAAUAAUUAGAGGGCCUACAAUGCCAGACAACCUCCAUAUCACGAUUUCUAAAGAUUUUGACAGAGACCGGGCCUUAGUCAGCCUGUUGUCAGGCGAAAGAUUCAGCAAAUGUACAUCGAUUAUCAUUUAUUGCACGAGAAGAGAGCAAACGGAGAGGUUGUCGUCUUUAUUAAGAACUUGUCUACAGAGUUUGCCGCCAACUGAAUUGGAUGUCGAUAGCGAAGAAGAAAUACAACCGAAAACCAAGGCAAAGAAGAAGGGAAAAUCUAGGAAAAAACCGAAAUUACGAAGUGUAUCAUGGGAUGCUGAUUGCUAUCAUGCCGGAAUGACUCCUGCGCAGCGUCGAAAAGUUCAGAAGAAAUUUAUGUCGGGAGAACUGCGUAUCGUUGUAGCAACGACUGCCUUUGGAAUGGGUCUUGACAAAUCGGAUGUUAGAGCAAUUAUUCACUAUAAUAUGCCAAAAAGUUUUGAAGGAUUUCUUCAGGAAAUUGGCCGUGCAGGGAGAGAUGGAUUGCCAGCUCAUUGUCAUAUAUUCUUAGAUGAAGAGGCAAAGGAUUUGUGUGAACUGAGACGCCAUACUUACGCAAACUCAGUUGAUGGCAAUUCGGUAAAGAAGCUGGUGAAGAGAGUGUUUAAAAAAUGCGACUGCAAGAAGAGGCACGAGGAAGCACUGAAGCACAAGACGCGGGAAGGAGGUAGUGUAGAUUCAGAACAGACCGGGAAGAUGCUAUCAGGUGAUGGUGAGUUUAUGAAAAAUGUCGGAAAAACUGACGCCCAUACCUCUGACCAGCAACUUUUAAAUGACGAUUUUGUUGACAAUUGCUUUAAGGACGAUCUUGACAUCGAUGCUUUGACCCAGGAAGAAAGUUCUGCAGAUUGUGAACUUCAGGUUAGUUCAGCUAUUAAUGUAGGUGACGUCACACACAUGAGCAAUAAACUGAGUGCCGAACCAGAUGCCCGUUCUGCAUCGAGCGAAGCACUUCGGCAGUUAUUACCAGGAGAUCAAUCGACUAGCGUUCCGUCGCACCCGGUUGACGAUUCACCAGGCACGAUAGGCGAUCAGGGUACUUCCAAUACGAAUCAACCUCAAUUGAUUAGUAAUCACUGCAAUCAAGAAGAUCAAUGCGGGGGUAAUCAAGAAGAUCAAUGCUGGGAUAAUCAAGAACGAGUUUGCUCAGGCCACCAUGUGACGUUUUCAGUUCAGCAAUCAGUCCAAGCACUUGAUAUCCCAGAAGAGAACAUUGCCACGUUGUUAUCUUAUUUAGAAUUUCUACGUGAGCCUCCUGUGACGUUGUUAAAUCCAAUCAAAUCCAGCUGUACUUUGCAAUGUUACGGAGGAGCAAGGCAGAUGCAAUUGCUUGCGAUGAAGUUCCUGCCAGUAACUGCUGUGUUUAAUAACAUGCGCAGGAAUCGUUUGAAGCUAGCGGAUAGCAAAGCGCUUACAUUUAAUGUUGUGGAGGUGGCGGAUGAAAUGGGAUGGGACCUGGAACCGAUUUAUCGAGAACUGCGAUCGGUGCAGUGGAAUACCUCGUUUUCGCAGAGCCACAAUGACAGCCUCAUUGGAAAGUCUGGUGUUUUGGUUGAAUUUGAUGAUCCUUCUUUUCAUGUCAUCGCUCCAGGCGACCUGUGUGAUGACGAGCGCGACUACGUGUGCAGCGUUCUCCUCAAAACAGUAAAGGAACAAGAAGAGACAAGACUUCUGCAACUUGAUGCACUUUAUAACAUCCUUGAUAGAUCAUCAAAUCAAACGUAUCAUGACGUCAUCGAAAAACACAACCCCGAAGCUGACAAGCAGUUGAGAAAGAGCAUUCGGGAAUAUUUUGAAUGCGAACCGACUGAGAUGAAGUCACUUCUGAACAGGUUGUCACCCCAUAAAAUCGAUAUAGAAGUCCCUCAGAGUAAGUGGGAUGUGAUUGCCCGUGAUGUCCGGACGAUGUUAUGCACCAAUACUGAUGUCAUGUUCACUGGCCGGGCUUUGGCAAGAAUAUUCCACGGAAUUGAUAGCCCAUGUUUUCCUGCAACUGUUUGGGGUCGAAAUCGUAGAUUCUGGCGCCAGUACAUCGAUGUUGACUUCAACGAUCUCCGAAAAUUUAUCACUGAUGAAAUAAUUAAAUACAGGACAUAAUAUUAUUUACAUUUUUCCUUUUAACACACUUUUCAAUUUGUACAGUUGUAAGAUAUCUUCUUUUUCGACGUUUCUCUUUUUUGUUUUAAUGUUUUUCGACGAUGGUGGAUGGGCCAAAUUGACCAUGCCCCCCCUGUAAUGGUUCCUCAAAAAUUGCGAAGCAAUAAACGCAUUCCUUGUGAUUGGCCACCAAGACUACUAUCCAAAGAAUAAACAACCACAAACUUACUAUGUAUCUUGUCCAAUUAAGCGUGGUGUGAUUAGAAAAUAGUAAUUUUUCCUUGCGAAGAAAUAUUUAACAAAAAACGUACCUCAUUGGCAGAGCCGAUGCCAACAGAGGGCGCAUCGCCCCCCCCCCCCUUAUAAGGCUGUUUUUCGGAAAUCCAGAAUGCUUGUUGGAAUGUUUUAGGAUUCUGUACAAGUCAUAUCCGAGAGACUGACUGAUGAUGAUAUUCUUAGCUUUCCAUAUUUUAUUAUUAGCAAUUUUCCUUUAAAUCAAUUUUUUAUGUUGCAUC